UACACAAUGCAGGGGCCAGAAUCAUUCAGUUCACCAAUGAAGCUUUGUCUGCGCGUAACGUGUGAGCGGUAGCCAUCUGCCGGUCGUUCUUUAUUAGAUGCAAAGGAGUGUAGCAUCAACUUUUCUUCAGAGUCGACUCUUGCCGUUUAUACACAACUUAACUUGCCAUAUAUACAUUCCAGCCAUGUUUGCCUUCCAUCGACCCAAGAUUUAUCGGAGUAUCAACGGCUGUUGCAUCUGCAAAGCAAAGUCAUCAAGUUCAAGGUUUACAGACAGUAAGAAGUACGAGAACGAAUUUAAGCUGUGUUUCAACCUUGAAGAGGAGCAGAAACGAGCAGGAGAGAUCUGCAACGCUUGCGUGCUGCUCAUCAAAAGAUGGAAGAAAUUACCCAAAGGAACGGAGAGAAAUUGGAAUCACGUGGUCGAUGCCAGAGCUGGACCAGGAGGCAAGAGUCUGCUACGGAGCAAAUUGAAGCACACGCCCAUCAAGUCACAGCAUUCGAGUCAUGGAUGUUGCAACAUUCGGAAACGCAAGCAUCGAAGUGCCGAAGGAAUUAGGAAGAUGAGACUCAUGGACAGAUUAUCACAACAUAACAGAGAGGAUACAGACAAAGCCCCGCUCAGUCCGACCGCGAGUGAGAGCUCUAUUGAUGAUCUAGAUGACAUGAGGAGUGGGAAUGGUAUCGAGAUGAUGACGGGCAAGGAACGAUACGAUCUACCGCCAUCAUUACGGGCAAUAUUGGACACGACGUACUGGAAAAUGGAACACAUCUGCUGUGGUACCAUCUUCAAAGGAGGCAAGGGUGAGGUGCUCAUUGAACCCACACUCUUCAAGCCUUGCACCUCAUGCACCGAUUCUACGGUAUCUACUCCCCCACGCCGUACCGCCUUCAAGACGGCAGACGUAAACAGAGACGCACGGCCAGAUAGCCUGGGUAGCGACGAUUCACUGGACAUCUCAGAUCGAGAGAUGGACGAAUGUACGGCUGAUGAUGAGACUACGAGUACGGAAGGCGACGUGUUGGAUUCGUUGAUGGGUUUAUCUGAGGUGGCUGCAGUCAAAAAGAGCGUGGUCGUUUAGGGUGUGGUCAGGGGAGGGGACUACAGAUGUUUCGGGGUCGGGUUUUACAACAAAUUGGAUGUAAUAAAACUGAAAAAAAUAUUUCGAGUAACUACGAAACGGUUGUCGGUGGACAAUCGGGGAGCCGAAGGGAAAAGGUGUUCAAUCCUUUGUAGAGUUUGUACAUAAUCAAUUAAAACUCCUAGUUUUUAAACAAGUUCCAGAGAAUGGGGCGAUUCCUUGAACUUAAUUUGCACAUAUUUCAAAAUAUAUCCAUGAAUGAAAUGAUAUUCAUAAAUUGCCAAAAAUGUCGUAAACUAUUUAAAAUGUCAUAAUACAUCGAGAUGCAUUCCAUUUUUUUAUACUUACGAUACUUUUUUUUAUACUUACGAUACGUUUCUUUGUCCCGGUGCUUCCAAACUGAAUUAUAUUAAAGUUGACUACCUCCUUGACUAUGAUGCCAUUGUUUUACAAAAGAAAAAUAAUGAAGUCUCUGUUGAUUUCACCUUUAAGCAGAAAAUGCGAAAAUUGCAAUUGUUUCAAGAACAACAUUGAGCUUUUUCUGCCAGUUAAAUAACGGUACUGUGUAUGUUUGUUUAAGCACGGCAGUUUUAAACUGCGAGUAUGAAUUUUUGUUAAAUACCAACAGUGGUGGUUGGUGCAUUGCUCAUUUUAAACCAUUUUUAAAAAUAAUUAUAUAUUUUGCCUUGUAAAGGUACUAACUAUGCACAAACAAUCCCAGUGUGCUUUUUGAAAGCCGAGGUGCAAUUCAACCUUAACCAGCCAAAACUGAACUAUACAACUGCAACCCUUUUAAGAAAAAAAUCCUGCCAUUUCAAGAUAUAUUGUUAUGCUGUACUUUAACUAUUUCUGGACAGGACAUUCGAUAUGCACCAAAAACGCUAGAAGAUUAUUCCAUAAGCUGUAAAUAUAUUUAUUACAUUUUUAAAACGCGACCUUAACAGGACUCUUUUCCAGAAUACAGUCGACUCUCAUUAUAAAGAGCACUUUUAUAAAGAGGUUCUGCUUAUAUAAGGAGCAAAUUCUGAGGUCCCAAAUCUCAGGUU